GUAAAGUAGCAGCUGGUUGCAUUUACUACACUGAGCCUGCUGCAGGGGACAACAAAGCUGAUUUGACAUGAUGCUCACUGCACCUGGCGCUGGAAUUAUCAUACUAUUUGCUUGGCUCUCUCCAAAUUAUGCUCUCUAUUUUCACAUUGGAGAGACGGAGAAAAAAUGCUUUAUAGAGGAAAUUCCAGAUGAGACUAUGGUUAUUGGGACAUACAGGACCCAGCUGUGGGACAAGCAGAUGGGAUCCUUCCUCCAAACCACCCCUGGUCUUGGAAUGCAUGUGGAGAUCAAAGAUCCGGAUACUAAGGUCAUUCUGUCUCGUCAGUAUGGGUCAGAUGGACGGUUCACCUUUACUUCCCAUACACCAGGCGAGCACCAGAUCUGCCUGCACUCCAACUCCACCAAGAUGGCCCUUUUCGCUGGCGGCAAACUGAGAGUCCACCUGGAUAUUCAGGUUGGUGAGCAUGCCAACAACUACCCCGAAAUCGCAGCAAAAGACAAGCUCACAGAGCUGCAAUUGAGAGCUCGACAAUUACUGGACCAAGUAGAACAAAUCCAGAAAGAGCAGAACUAUCAGCAGUAUCGUGAGGAGCGGUUCCGCAUGACAAGUGAGAGCACCAAUCAGCAUGUGCUUUGGUGGUCUAUAGCUCAGACACUUAUCCUCAUCUUCACUGGCAUCUGGCAGCUCAAGCACCUCAAGAGCUUCUUUGAGGCCAAGAAGUUGGUCUAAUGCUCACAGGACAUCACUGAUUGAGUUCAAGACAGGAGUGACAACCAUACAGAGCUGACUGGCAGAUAGACGCUUCAACCUGGGAAGCAAAUUAAUUGAUCUAGUGUGUUAUGUAUUGUCCAUUAUUAAUUAUUCCGUGACUUAAAUUAUUGUGAUCAGUAAGCAAACACCUGUGUCCAUUUCCUUGUUUUUCCCCCCCUUUUGUAUUGUUUCAUAAGGAGUGGCAAAUGUACGAGGUAACGUUCAAUUCUGUUCCACUUUGUUUUGUAGAUUUGUCUUUCUGCAUACUGUAUACUUUUGGUUUAAACAGGUGGUAGUUUAAACAGCAGUUAGAGCGUUGGGCCAGUAACCGAAAGGUUGCUGGAUCGAAUCCCAGAGCUGACAGUCUGCCCUUGAGCAAGGCACUGUUCCCCGUGCGCCAAAGACGUGAUGAAGAUUAUGGCAGCCCCUCCGAUUCAAAGGGGUUGGGUUAAAUGUGGAAGACUCAUUCAGUUGUACAACUGACUAGUUAUCCCCCUUUCCUUUCGAUUAUUGUGAUUGUCUGAUAACAUUAUAGCAGAGCGAAUACUAGUUUUAGCUCAAUGACUAACCUGUUCAAACAUCCUUAACGUCUGUUGAAGAGCAGUAUCAUUCCAGGAAGCAGGGUAUUAUUGAUUUUUAGAGGAUGGUCCAAGCAGUACCAUUUUUAUUUUCUUCCAAAGACCAACAUCUCUUUGAAUCAGGUGCAGAUUACAUUUGAAUGAAAUGAAGGCCUAUGAUAAAAUACCCUCAAGUUAUUCCAAACUGAUCUAGAUAUCACUAAGAUGUGAAUACAAUGAGGUAUAAAUUCAACGACUUAAUUUGUAAUUAUGACGGUUUUUACUUUUGAUUGGCUGUCAUUUUCAAUGUAUGCAAUAAAAAAAGUACAAGUA